AUGGAUUUCGCAUCCUUAAUGGCCAAGGAAAUCUCCAAGGCCAAACCCAGCGACACCAAAGACAAAAAAGAAACCACAAACAACAAUAAAUACCAGCGCCGAGCCGACGUCGAAGCAGCGCGCAUCGCAGCAUACAACGCUGAACAGGAGAGACUACAACGGGAACGGGAGGAAAAAGCAGCUCUCAAACGCAAACACGAAGAAGACGAGAUUGAGCGACGACGUGAACGCGAAGAAAAGAAACGCAAGUUAGCGGAAGAGUCGCGCAAGAAAAGGGAAGCUGAAGAGGAAGCUGCCGAAAGACAGAGGAGGAAGAGGCUGGGAUUACCGGAGCUACCGCCGCGGGCAAGUGAAGAAGGAACGCCGGUGCCGGAAGAGGACGAUAUCGAUGAUGAGGAAUUGAUCAAGAAAUUGAGAGAACUGAAUGAGCCAGCAACUCUGUUCGCGGAGACGCACAAAGCUCGCCUUAAGCGAUAUCGAAAACUGGUUCAACGAUCACUUACGCCACAACUCUCCAAAGGCCCUAUCCCGACCACUCUCGAAUUAGUGCCAGAGAAAGACAUGAAGAUACCCGUCAAAAUACCAAAAGACAUUGAUCCAGAAGCCAGAAACUUUCUUUUCAGACAACUCGCCUCGUACUUCACUAUGCUGCUGGAAGAAUGGGCAAUUGCGCUCGCUAAACGAGACACAUCUGUCAAGGAGAGCUUUGCGGGUCGACAGGCAUUCAAUGCCAUGGUGCAAAGUAGGGAUAAUAUGCGACCUUUGUUUAAGAAAUUUGAGACUGGGGAUAUCGAUCAUACGGUUCUGGAAGCCGUGGUUGAGAUUGUGCAUUGCGCGCAGGAAAGAAGAUAUGUGGACGCGAAUGAUGGUUAUCUGAGACUGAGUAUUGGAAAAGCGGCAUGGCCUAUCGGUGUCACCAUGGUGGGUAUCCACGAACGUUCAGCACGAGAGAAAUUGCACGAAAGCGACAACAAGGCCCAUAUCAUGUCGGAUGAAGUUACGCGGAAAUAUCUACAGAGUAUAAAGCGGUGCCUGAGCUUUGCGCAGGUGCGAUGGCCGCCGGAUGACCAGUUGCAGUUGAUGGCUGCCGUCAAGCUUAUUACAUACUCCGCAUCUCCCACUGGUCGCGCUGUUUUUGCUCACUACAUGGUCGGCUCUAUGACUGCCGCAGAAGCUGUAACAGAUGUAAAUGACGCCAUUGCUGCCGGUUUCGAUGGAUUCGCGCUGAACACUCACACAAUCAGCUCAAGCGAUACUUGGAAUACUGACGCCCUAAACUACCUGUUCACAGCCGCCGCCGGAACCAGCUUCAAGCUGUUCAUUUCAUUUGACAUGAGCUGGGGUUUAGAUGUUUCCAGCCUCGCAGCGUUCCUCGCCCCUUUUGUUGCCCAGGAAGCGUACUAUUUCGUGGACGGCAAGGCGUUCAUCAGCACGUAUACAGGUGGUACGAUAUCUAAUUCGGAGUGGGACAGUGGUUUCAUCGUUCCUCUAGAACAGACAUACGGCAUCACCCCUUAUUUCGUCCCCAAUUUCGGCGACUAUUCUGGGUAUCCCACUGGUGUCUUUAGUGCAUACCCUAUACUUUCUGGGGUAUUCACUUGGGAGUCGGCCUGGCCAGCAGCAGGAACUACACCCGCAAAUGUCAGCGAUAGUGUGGAUGCCCAGGCGUUGGCUGAGGCACAUGCAGCUGGAGCUGUGUAUAUGAUGCCCCUCUCAUCCUUCCAAUUCAAAUACCUCGGCUCCGGUCAAGACUGGUACCGCAUCGGCGAAGACAACCUACCUCAGCGCAUGGAACAGAUUUUGACCCUGCAGCCCGAUUUUGUCGAAGUAAUUACCUGGAAUGACGCAGGCGAGAGUCACUACGUUGGCGACUUCUGGGCUGAGCAGAUCGAUGGAACCUCCAUCGGAACGUACGCUGAUGGAUUUGAUCAUAAGGGCUGGUUGCAGAUAAUCACCCCUUUCAUUAGCGCCUACAAAGCCGGAGCCACGGACAUCUCUCAGAUAACCCCUCCAAACAGUGCCCCUGUUGGUGCGCUUUGGUAUCGUACGCUCCUAACCACUGCAGGCUGCUCGUCUACCAUCUCCAACUAUCAAUCUGCCCUCGAUGCCGUGAAUUUUGCCGUCAUCCUGCCCUCUGCCGGCUAUACGAUUAAUGUUUAUAGCAAUUCUCAGCUAAUCGGCAGCUACCCCGGUGUUGCUGGAUUGAACUACAAUAGUGUUCCUGGCCUCCAGGUGGGCAGCGGCCAGUACAUCCAGGUCUUGGAUAGCUCAAACAGUGUAGUGGCGACUGCAACGGGUACAAAGUCUGUGGCAUCCGAGAGGACCUACUUCACUUAUCUCGAUAUCUACAAAGACUCAUUGUACACGACCUGGCCGAUUGUGUCCAUCGAUUCUUUGAAAGCCCGACUGAACGACCGCCGGAAGAUCGAUUAUGAAUCCUACGCGCUGGCUGCAGCACUAAGUGCGGCGACAAUCGUACAAUUGAAGCUUUCACGAAAUGAGAGCAUGUCUGAAAAAGCCCCAAGUGUGGAAGGAGAAGACUUUGUAAAGGACUGUCUACGGCAUCGUACCCAAUACAAUCAUCAAAACUCCAUUACCGUCAAUUCACUGCUUACCUCCCUUUUCCUUCACAUGUACUACGCCAAUACGGGGCAAAUGAGUGCUGCGACCUUUGCUCUGCGUGAGACCAUCACUUACGCUGAUCUUUUGCGUCUCGGAGACCCGACUACUUUGAAGUCCGUGUGCAGGGAUGAAAAGGAGUUGCGACUUCGAGUCUUUUGGGUGCUCUUUGUCACGGAACGGACGUUCUGCAUACAACAUCGUCUCCCCAUGACCAUGCAAAAGAUCAACGAAUAUCCGACCUUUCUCGACGCCCACGAUAUCAAUCCGCAUUCCGUCGGUGGAUUCUGCGAGCUCGUUCGCUUAUUCACUUAUGUUGAAACUGAGUUGGUGCAAUCCACAGCGCUUGAACAGGCGGUUCCCAUAUCAUCAUAUAGUAAAGAGGAGCUGCAGUGCAUCUCAACCGACCUUGACACACGCACCCAUCAUCUGACCUCGCUGGGAGACUUGCAAAUCGCAGAUAUCGAGACGACACGCGCUUGGUUGAGGUCGCUUCUGUGGCAGCACGCUGCUUCGCGAUUUAUGCUCGAGUCGGAUGCCUGCAAUGUGCAUUUUACCCCAGAGUAUCCGUUCCAUCUCGCGAGGGAUUUGCUAUCGUUUCUGUCCAAGGUUCAAUCGAGUUCGAUCCGCGCCCAUGCUUAUUCCAUGGAAGUCAAACUUUCUCAAGUAGCGCAUUCUCUUCUAGACACAAUUGCUGUCGUCCCAUCCAUCGGGCUAAUGCGUGGCCAGCAAUACGGACCGGAGCAUGUUGUUAUUGCUCUCGAACAACUUCUAGGCUUGACUGCAAGUGUAAUUAGUGAGACCCUCAUUCUCCUAGAGACUCUCGCUGAAAUUCUCGCUCAAAUUUCGACUGCGUUUUAG